AUGGGUCAAAGAGCUGAGGUCAAUAAGAAGGAUAGGAAAGGUUGGACUGCAUUACACCAUUCUGCUUGGAAUGGGCAUAGUAAAGUCGUCAAAUAUCUGAUCAGUGAGGGAGCUGAGGACGCUAAGGAUGGUUAUGAUGGAUGGACUGCAUUACACCGUUCUGCUUGUAAUGGUCAUACUGACAUCGUUAAAUAUCUGGUCAGUCAAGGAGCUAAGGUCAAUGAGGAGGACAGAUGUGAGCGUACACGUGUUGACGUCAUGAAAUAUAUGAUCAGUGAGGGAGCCGAGGUCAAUAAGAGGGAUAACAUUGGCAAGACUACAUUACACCUUGCUGUUCAGCAUGGUAAAUUUGACGUCAUGAAAUAUCUGAUCAGUGAGGGAGCUGAGGUCAAUACGAGGGAUAACAUUGGCAAGACUGCAUUACACCUUGCUGCUGAGCAUGGUAAAUUUGACGUCAUCGAAUAUCUGAUCAGUGAGGGAGCUGAGGUCAAUACGAGGGAUAACAUUGGCAAGACUGCAUUACACCUUGCUGCUCAGCAUGCAUGCGAAUAUCUGAUCAGUGAGGGAGCUGAGGUCAAUAAGAAAGAUAAACAUGGUCGGAAUGCAUUACACAGGGCUGCAAAUCGUGAUGAUACGAACUACGUCGAAUAUCUUAUAAGUCAAGGAGCUGAGGUCAAUACGGGUGAUAACGGUGGCCGGACUGCAUUACAUGGGGCUGCGAGUUUUAAUCAUAUUGACGUCAUCGAAUAUCUGAUUAGUGAAGGAGCUGAGGUCAAUAAGAGGGAUAAAGAUGGCCGGACCGCAUUACACUGUGCUGCUGAGAAAGCUCAUUAUGACAUCAUCAAAUACCUUAUCAGCCAAGGAGCAGAUGUGAAUAAUAGAACAACCAAUGGUUGGACUGUGUUGCACAGUGCUGUUACCAACGGUCAUAUCGACACCAUAAAAUAUCUGAUUGGCCAAGGAGUUGAAGUCAAUAAGGAGGAUAAUGAUGGUCGGACUGUAUUACAUAAGGCUGCUGAGAAAGGUUAUGCCGACUCCGUCAUAUAUCUGAUCAGAAAAGGAGCUGAGGUCAAUAAGGAGGAUAAUGAUGGCCUGACUGCAUUACAUAUGGCUGCUAAGAGAUAUAAUAUCUACUCCUUACAAUAUCUAAUCAGAAAAGGAGCUGAGGUCAAUAAGGAGGAUAAUGAUGGUGUGACUGCAUUACAUAGGGCUGCUGAGAAUGGGUAUAUUGACUUCAUCAGAUAUCUGAUCAGUCAAGGAGCUGAGGUCACUAAGGGAGAUAAUAACAGCCGUACUGUAUUACACUGUGCUGCUUGGAAUGGUCAUAUUGAAGUGGUCAAAUAUCUGAUCAGUCAAGGAGCUGAGGUCAAUAAGGGGGACAACGACGGUCAGACUGCAUUACACAGUGUUGCUAACAGUGGUCAUAUUGACGUCAUCGAAUAUCUGAUCAGUCAAGGAGCUGAGGUCACCAAGGGAGAUAAUAAUGGCCGGACUGUAUUACACUGUGCUGUUUGGAAUGGUCAUAUUGAAGUCAUCAAAUAUCUGAUCGGUGAAGGAGCUGAGGUCAAUAAGGGGGAUAAAGAUGGCCGGACCGCAUUACACUGUGCUGCUGAGAAAGCUCAUUAUGACAUCAUCAAAUACCUUAUCAGCCAAGGAGCAGAUACGAGGUGA